CUUCUAUCGAUCUGAUCGUGCAUUUCCAGCUCCCGGGCGCAACAAAGUCAACUCGUCACUAUACGGACUAGAGAGGGACCAAAGCGAACGGCCUCAUCGGUAGCCUGCGUCUCCGCAACGCCCCCGUGUGACUAGCCUUUCCGUUUCCGGCACUUGUCAAAGGAAAUCCAGGCACAUCCCACGUGGUGAUCGUGAUCUCAAUCAGAUUUCGCCCAUCAUGCCACGCCAGGAACGUCACCACAAAGAGCGCGUCGUCUACGACGAUGAUCCAUACUAUGACGACUAUGAGCGACCAAAGGCCUCGCGCCGUGUCUCUCGCAGCGCCCAUGAGCACGAAGCCAGCGGUGGUCACCGGCGCAGCACUCGCCGCCACGAAUCUUACAGCCCCGCCGGUCCCGUCCGCGCCCGUUCCGAAAGCUAUGGUCGGCCCCCUGCCCGAAGGCACGACACAUACCCUGAGUACUCUGACAGCGGGGACGACAGGCCUCGUCGACGAAGCCAUGGACAGAGCAGCAGCAGCCGUCGGAAGGAUAGCAAGACGUCUCGGUCCUCAAGGGUACCAGAGCGUAAUGACUCUGACAAGGCCGCGAUCAUACAAGCUGCUGCUACUGCAGCCGUCGUAGCGGGCGCAAGUGAGGCAUGGAGGAUGAGGAAGGAAAAGACAUCCUGGUCUCAGAAGGGAACGAGGAUGGCGACGGCUGCGGCGGGUGCUGCUGCCAUCGCGGCUUUCAACAAUAAUACCAACGGGCAGCAUGGCUCGAAAGACGGCGGUGGGAGCAAGAAGGAUACUAUCCAGGCUACGUUGGGAGGCUUGCUGGUGAACCGACUGGCAAACGGGGUUGGGAAGAAAUGAAGAAACAAAUAUACCAGGCGGACAUAGGCACCAGUGGAAAGCGCGAUAACACCGAAAAGCCCCCUCGUUGCCGACAUAUGAAGGGCU